CAUAAACGUUUGUGAUCUUAAGAUGAUAAACAAGUACAAAAUUAACAAAAUUAAUCUGGACUCUGCAAUAACUUUAUUCUGCUGCAGCUGGUGGUAAUAUUUGAAAGCUCUCCACAUUUUGUAUGGAAAACAUGUCACUGCAUACCGGGGGUCUGUUGUAAUACCUGUCUAUGCGGUAGAAGGAUAAAUAUGGAGCUAUCACAAAGGGGGAUGAACAGUGGAAAGGCCCCACCAGUAAACGUGGAAAUUAAGGGUGGGGUUAGGCUUAAACGAAACCUGGGAUUGAUCAGUGGAACAUCUAUAAUCGUAGGGACUAUUAUAGGUUCGGGUAUUUUCAUUUCCCCUAAGGGGGUGCUCCAGGAGUCCGGAUCUGUGGGGUUAAGUCUUGUGGUGUGGGCAGCAGCAGGUCUCUUAUCUCUCACAGGUUCACUCUCCUAUGCGGAACUCGGACUACUAAUUCCAAAGUCAGGGGGAGAGUACAGUUAUAUAAUGGUUGCAAUGGGGAGGAUGAUGGCUUACCUAUUUGCCUGGACCAAGAUUAUAGUGCUGAAUCCAUCGUCCAUGGCCAUUAUCUGUCUUACCUUUGCAGAAUAUUUCAUUGCUUUAUUUGACUUGUGUGGAGAACAACCUGUACCAAAGAAAGUGAUUGCUGCUCUUGCAAUGAUAACUCUUGCGAUAAUCAACUGCUGGGACACGAAGUUUGCGGCCAGGGUACAGGUCUUUUUCACCGUAGCUAAGCUUAUAGCUCUCAUCAUCAUUGUUACUGGCGGUCUUGUCUGGCUAGGGAAAGGGGAGGUGAAAACGUUUCAGAAAGGAUUUGAAGGCUCAACGAAUUCUGCGUCUGGAAUAGUUCUAGCUUUCUACGAUGCCUUGUGGGCUUACGAUGCAUGGAAUAAUUUGAAUUUCAUUACAGAAGAGUUAAAAAAUCCUCUCACAAAUUUACCCCGUGCUAAUACCAUGGGAGUACUUUUGGUGACUAUUAUCUACGUUUUAACCAACAUUUCAUAUCUAGCUGUUCUAGGAAAAGAUGGGCUUCUCAAUUCCCACGCAGUUGCUGUGGAUUGGGGUAAAAUCGUUCUUGGAAAGCAGGUCGCCAUCAUAAUGCCGAUCUUUGUCAUGUGCUCAACAUUUGGAGCUGCCAAUGGUACUCUUUUUGCUGGCGUCAGAACAUUAUACGCUGCAGGAAGGGAGAAACAGUUCCCAGAAGUGCUAUCAUAUGUUAGUGUGCGACGUCUUACUCCAAUGCCAUGCGUUAUAUUCACGACUGUGAUUGGCUUGCUCAUGUUAAUUCCUGGGGAUAUCGGGAGUUUGAUCGACUUCUUCAGCUUUGCCGCCUGGUUGUUUUAUGCGUUAGCCAUUGUGUCUCUUCUUAUAUUGAGAUUCAAAUGGAAGAGUGUUAAAAGACCAAUAAAGAUCUUUAUCCUGUUUCCGGUCAUUUUCUUGCUGUGUUCACUGUACUUGGUCGUGGCUCCGAUCAUACAAGACCCUAGACUGGAGUUCCUCUAUGCGUUCCUGUUCAUUCUGGGAGGACUUUUGCUUUAUCUACCAUUUAUGCACUUCCAGAAAAACAAGAGGCGUUUCAAACGAAUUACAGUGUUCAUACAACUCUUGAUGGAGGUUUGUCCAAGUCCAUAUGUGCCAGAAUUUUGAUGAUCUAACAUGCUGCCAGCGUUACAUGGUGUAAAUGAGCUCGAGAACAAAACGGAAACAUCACCACAUCUGUUGAUCAAUAAAAUAAUGCAUGUUUAAUAUACUGUUUAAAAAAGAGGAAACAACGGUUCAAGGUUUCUUCAUUAGAGGCCCUGAUUCGAUUCUCGUGUGUACCUUAAGACCAAAACAUAAGUAAUGAUUGUUCUUUCGAAAUGAUUACUCAAACAUUCGAGGGUAUUUUAUUCGAAUGAUGCAUUGCAAAUAAAAUAUGUUUAAAACAA